AUGGUCAACCCUAUCAAUGUCAAUUGGGAUGUAGACCGAUAUGCUGACAAGGUCAAUUUGUCACAACCCAACAGGGAUGGGUCAGCAACUGCUGAACCGGAGAGACUGAAGAAGUUCUUCCCUGAGGCUGUGCUCGGCAAAAUUUCAGUUCCAGCAACCAUUGUGGACAGGCACGGAAAAAUUUUGGUAGUUCAUCUCCCUGAUAUUUUGACAGCUUCUCGCAUAGAGCAUCUCAAUCACAUCACUGGUGGCUUGAGAGAAUCCCUUCUCAAAACUGUUGAUCCUAAAGAUGUCAACAAAUAUUGGAGAGAUGAUGGAUAUAUGGUUCCAGCUGAAGGAGGGGAAUUUGGGGCUGGUAGAAUUACAGUAGCUCCUGCAUAUUUCAUGCAAAGACGGGAGGUCCAACAAUGGUUAGCUGCCUUGACAACAUCAGAAGUUCUAUGGAAUGCCAUUACUGGAGUUGUGGCUCCGGAUCUUUUUCAAGCUGGCAACUCUGCAUUUUCUCAGGCCAUCAAAGAAGUCCGUCAUGGAUCAAAAAAGAACCCAAAGAACCCUGCUCCAGUGGACUCUUGGCCCUCAAUCUUUUCAGGGCUUGAAAUUAUUGCUAACCGUGUUACCUUUAGCCACAGAGAUGCUGGUGGAUCCCCAUCCCUUUUUGAUCUCCUGGUCAGUCUAGGAAGAAAUCAUCAUGCCACUUUGGCCUUGGCAGACCUCCAUGCAGAACUAGAUUAUUCCCCUGGAGCAAUGGUCUAUAUUGCAGGGCAGGGUGCUAGAACAUUCUGUUGGUCCCUGGCUUAA